AGUUCCUCGCUCUCAGACAGAGCUGGCUGGUGUCUCCUGAGGGCGUUGGUGCUGGGAGCCAUCACCAAAUAUCACCCCUGUGGUGAAGUGCGGGCUUCCAGGCAGCCUGGCUCAUCUCUGGGCUUUUUUCCCUUGUCACCCUCCCACAGCAGGCAGAAGACAGCCACGGGAGCCAGGUCUGUGGUAGUGGUGGCCUCGGUGGCCUGCCCUGCCCACUUUUUGUGGCUGUUCUGGGUCCGGCUGUGCAGUUGAUGUUUGCUGGGCAUUGCACCAGUCCCUGGGAGUGUCCGUGUCAGGCGGAACCCACUGCCUCACUGCCAGCACCUGGAGGGUAAAAGGACCCACCUGGAUGCUCCUCCUCUGCUGGGUGAAGGAGACGUGGAAACCCCAGUGCUGGGGCUGUGGGGAGCACUCAGAGCGGUGCCUGCGGGGGUUUGUCAGCUCCCGCUCACCUGGACAUGGCUGGGCAGAGAGGGGGGCUGUCCCUGCCCGGGCCCCUGCUGCUGCUGCUGAGCCUCACCUGCCUCGCCGUGCUGCACCUGGCUCUGGAGACCACUGCCAUGGGUGUGACAGCAACUGUGUCCCCAGCUCUCCCUACCUCCUCAACACCUAUGGAGAGCUCAGCACUGCUGCCUACUACUGACUCCACCACCACAGCUACCCUCCUUUCCUCCAGCCCUGAAACAGAAGCCUCCACCUCAGAGGAGUCCAGCACAUCUGCAGAGACUGGCAACACCUCGCCUCCCACUGUGCCUUCUCCCACCACAACUACAGAAGAUUCAGCCGAGUCCUUGGCAACCCUGGCAGAUACCACAGCCAGCCCUGUUAUCAGCACAUCAGACCCCAUGAGCACUCCCUCUUCAAGCUACCCAGACAGGACCACCCCUGAAAUCUUCCCCUCGACUGUGGAGUUGACUCCAGGCACUGAACCCACUUCCCCUGCCACCAGCUCAGCCCAGACCUCAGAGGCUCCUACCCUCAGCACACCUACAGACCUGCCAACGCUGCCACCAGUCUGCCCCUCUGGCUCGUCCAACACCAGUGCAUCUCACCUCUUUCUGUCUCUGCGGCUAACCACCCCUCUGGACAUGGGGAACACCACGGUGCAGGAGCUGGUGUUGUCCAAGCUCCGUGAGGACCUGCAGACAGCAUUCCCGUGUGCUGGCCUGGCACUGGCGUGGCGAGGGAAGAGGAGGACUUGACCGCUGCCCCUCGCCCGGCCUGCUCCUGCCUGGAUUGCUGGGACCCCUGCUCCCAGCCCCUCACUCCAUGGUGGUACAGGCCCCUGGGGAAUCCCAUACAGCUCCUCCUGGACCUGGAGCCUCCUGUUCUUCACUCUGUACCCCGAGAGGACCCCCAGUGCCCCUUCUGCCCCGUCCCACAGCCUGUCUGAAGAGCCUGAGCCUUCCCACCACCCUGCUCCAGACCUGAUUCCUGUGGUGGGACCCCCUCCAGGUCUGCUGGGGGGCUGGGAGAAGGGAACCCCACGGGACUGGGCUUUUACAUCUGGGAGUGAGCUGGCUCAGCCAUCAAAGCCACCCUGGGGACAGAGGAAUGAGAGGAAGGAGACCUGAAACCCCCAGUACUGCUGUGCCCAAGGCUCACCUGUGAUAUUGCUGAGAGAGGAGAACACCCAUGCUGGGCAGUAAAUAGAAAUUCCAUGUUUUUCUGUGUUGAA